UACCCAGAAGCAAAAUUCACAGACAUAAAAUACAAUUAUGUUUCUCAUCUCAGCGUACGCGCCAUAGCCUGUCGGUUAUUGGUUGAGCUCAUUUCGCCGCUAUGUUGAUACGCUAACAAAAGCUCCAUGCAAUGAAACACGCAUCGGAGGUAGUCGUAACUUGAUGUUUUGGUGAAAAUCGGUCUCAUUUCCUACCCAUUUCUAGGUAUAUUUAGUCUUUUUCGCUUCGAUCCACGGAAAUUAAGACGGUAAUGAAACCAUUUCUCUGCCUGCAGAACCCAGAAGUGAACAGUAGGCGACCCGGAAGGUCUGAACUCAGAUUGAAGGCAGGCAGAAAGAACACCAACCUUUUUAAUAUAUAUUUGCAAGAGAAAAAAUCUACAAUCGGGGUACCAGGAUGGCCGAGCCUCGGUUUAAUAACCCCUAUUUCUGGCCACCACCUCCCUCCAUGCCUGGCCAGCUGGACAACCUGGUGCUGAUCAACAAGAUCAAAGAGCAGCUGAUGGCGGAGAAGAUCCGUCCCCCGCACCUGCCACCCACCACGGUGCACUCCCAGCAGUCUCUGCUGGUCACGCCCUCUCCCUCUGAGGGCGGGCAGCACGUGAUGUCAAUCCCCAAGCUGCAGCAGGUGUCAGGGCUGCAUUCCCACAGCCCGUCACAGCCAGACGUAGCUCUACACGCCCGCCCCGCCUCCAGCAGCGUGGCAGGCCAUAUUCUUGGCGAUGUGAACACGAAUCUGGAUGAUAAGACAGGUGUGAAAACUAAAGGAUUGUGGGAAGACUGGCGUUUGCGUCAAAUCAUAGACCACCCAUCCAGAGCCAAUCAUCUCUCAGGUCUGGCGCUGUCGUCGCGCACCGGCAACCACAACACCUCAGAGGCCAUCACCCCCACCACCCCCACCUCCAGCAGCCAGAACCGGCUGGGGGGCGCCCCCUCUCCCAACGUCAUCUCAGGAUUGGCCAGCGGCCCGGGCAUGGAUCCAAUCAAGAGCGGGGGCCUGGCGGGGCUGCUGGGGCCGCCCCCGAAGAUGGAACGCGGGCGUAAAAAGAUCAAGGCGGAGAACCCCUCUGGCCCCCUGCUGGUGGUGCCCUACCCUAUCCUGGCCUCGGGCACUGACCAGUCCACCGUCACCAUCGCUGCCAAAGAGGGAAAAACCUACAGGUGUAAAGUCUGCCCGCUGACCUUCUUCACAAAGUCAGAGAUGCAGAUCCACUCCAAGUCCCACACAGAGGCCAAGCCACACAAGUGCCCCCACUGCUCCAAGUCCUUUGCCAACGCCUCCUACCUGGCGCAGCACCUGCGCAUACACCUGGGGGUCAAGCCCUACCACUGCUCCUACUGCGAGAAGUCCUUCCGCCAGCUGUCUCAUUUGCAGCAGCACACUAGAAUCCACACUGGUGACCGCCCUUAUAAAUGUGCUCACCCGGGGUGCGAAAAAGCCUUCACUCAGCUCUCCAACCUCCAGUCUCAUCAAAGGCAGCACAACAAAGACAAGCCGUAUAAGUGUUCCAACUGCUACCGCGCGUACGCCGACUCGGCCUCCCUGCAGAUCCACCUGUCCGCACACGCCAUCAAAAACGCCAAAGCCUACUGCUGCAGCAUGUGCGGCAGAGCGUACACCUCGGAAACGUACCUUAUGAAGCAUAUGUCCAAGCACACAGUGGUAGAGCAUCUGGUGAGCCAUCAUUCACCCCAGAGGACGGAAUCCCCGACAAUCCCCAUACGAAUCUCCCUCAUUUAAAACCGUAGACACCCC